CUAGAGGCAGUGAGAGCCACAGAACGGUGUUGUGACAAGAGCAGUGUGAGCGUGAGGGUAGGAUAUGGGAGAUCAACUGGACUCGGGGGAUGCUGAGGGGAGAUUCCCCAUCAAAGAGAGCGGCAUGAAGGAUGUCAAAGAGGGGUCCAGGAAGCUCAACAUCAAAAUGAGCUUCAGGACCUUGUCUUCGCCAAGGAAAGCCGACAAAGACAAGAAUGAACCCUCACGUUUCUUGGGAAUAGGGGUGAGCUUCAAGGCAAAGCUGAUUGGAAUUCUUGAAGUAAGUGAGGCUCGGGGGGACAGGAUGUGCCAGGAAGCACUCGCAGAUCUCAAGAUGGCGAUUCGAGCAGCUGGAGAGCACAAACAGAGAAUAACCAUCAAUAUUGCUAUUGAUGGCCUUCGUCUCAGAGAUGAAAAAACAGGGGACUGCUUGUAUCAUCACCCAGUUCACAAGAUAUCCUUUAUCGCACAAGACAUGUCUGACUCCAGGGCUUUUGGUUACAUCUUUGGAUCUCCAGAUACAGGGCACAGGUUCUUUGGAAUCAAGACAGACAAGGCAGCAAGCCAAGUUGUGAUAGCAAUGCGAGACUUGUUCCAAGUGGUCUUUGAACUGAAGAAAAAGGAAAUAGAGAUGGCAAAGCAGCACAUAGAGCAGCACCAAAUCAAGCUUGGUGGAACCCUCUUCUUGGAAUCAGGGUCAAAUUCCAAGAAUGGAGCAGCAGGCAUCUCUGAUGAGGCUGGGAGCAAGAUGAGGACAAUUCAGGAAGAUUCUGUCAAUGAGAAUGGAACUGUAUCAUCGGGAAAGUCAGCUCAAGAGACAUCUGAAGUGAUAGCCGAUCUUCUUGAUCUGGAAUUCGAGCUUAACAGCAUUCAACAAGGACUUCAUCAGAUGGAGAGGAUAACACCAUCAGAUCCAUUCGGACCAUCAGCAGCCAAAGAGGAUCCUUUUGGAAGUGAUCCAUUUGGUGAUUCUUUUACCCCAGAUACCAUGUUUCCACCACCUAAAAGCACAAAGUCUACAGCUGUAACCAUUCCUCCCCCUCCACCCUCCCUAAAAGACACUUCUCGUUCCUCGGAUCCAUUCAAUGUCCCCCCUCCCACAAGGCACCCACACCGACGCAAUGUAGCCCGCUCAGAACGGUAUAGUUCAGACACUGUCAAGCCACUGCCUGCAGCACCUGCCCAACUGACAGCAGCACCAACAGUUGAACAAGAAAAACACUGGUUUGACCAAGAGACAGAAUCCCUGUUUGAUGAAGGGGAACUGAUCACUCCACCAAUGCCAGCUGCUUCAAUGGUCACAGCCACCACUACAAGCACUGUGUCAGCCACCACACUGAAAACAGACCAGGACCCAAGCGAUAGUCCUCCAACACAGACAAAUGGGAGCAGCCAGUUUGAUGUCUUCACUGAACUGGAUCCACUAGGAACUGGGCGCAGUAAGCCAUACGUGGAUAGGAAGGACUUCUUCCAGGAGCUUAAAAACCCGCCAAAGAAAGUUCUGAAGGACCUGGUAACAGAGGUGCCAACAAGUGAGGCAACUGCCCCUCUUUUCCAGGCUACCUUUGAAACAGUUAGCAGCAGUGUGAAUGCAAGUGAUGAUAUGGAGUCCACUCAGGAGUUUGUGUUGCCUGUUACAGAUCCUGUGACUGCUAACAGCUCUGCUCCCAUAACCUCCGCCACUACUCUAGCAACUUCAAAAGGAAUAGUCCUUGAUGUUGAUCCAUUUGCAGAAACUGAUCCAUUCUAUAAAACUGAUCCCUUCACUGAAGAUGAUUUCAGCCAGAUCUGUGAGUUUCCACCUCUAGCAGGAAGUCAGGAAGACCCCUUUGACACAGGUUUUGCAGAUUUCACAAUGUUUGGGAAAGGUCAGAAAAGUGACAUGACUGAUACUAGCAAGGAUGCAAAGAGAAGUUCUCCAUUGCCUCAAUCUGACACAUCUGCGUCCUCACCAGCCACUUUCCAUGGACCACUGCGUGUUUCACUGCCACCAGAGCCCUCACCCAACAAAGCUACUCCCAUUACAGCACGAUAUGCUUCAGUGCAUGCAGGGACUCUAAGCAAAACCAAGAGCAAGACACAGCAUUCCCACAAACAAGCAACUAUGGCAAAGUUUCCAAGCCCAAAGUCAAUACAGUGCUCCAAUAACCGUAUGGUAAGGCAGAUGACAGUGGAUGUGUGUGGCAGCAUCACAAACCCCAUGCAAUCCAGUCCCACCCCUCCUACACCUCCCACACCUCCAAGAUCUGACAGACGCUCACCAUCUGGUCAGGGUGUCCUGGAAAGCAUCACCUUACGUAAUCGUGGUGCCAUAACACCAUCUCCUCCUGUUGUGGCUUGCUUCCCAGAUGUUGGAGAUGGAGACUGUGCCUCACGACUGUCUGCCUCCAGCAUAGAGCUUGCAGAAAUUGCUCCAGAACCUCCGCCCCGCCCUGCAGCCAACAUCACUACCAUCAAGCCCCCACCACUCCCACCUAAGAGACAACAGGCUGGUCCAGUAAUCAAGCCUCCACCUCGCCCCCCUCACACUGAUGAGCACCCACACUAUGACUACAUAGAGAAUUAUGAAACUUCGUCAUCGCCCACAAUGCAGGAUGAAGACAAUCUGAAAAGUCCUCCAAUUCCUGUCCCUGCAAGAAGACCAAGGUAUGGAGACUCCAACUUUGGAACUGUUCCACAGAGACCUCGUAGGCAGAUUCCAGUCACUAAAUUUGAUGAUAAUGACUACCUACCCCUAUUCCCGUUGCUGCCUCCACCACAGAAGAAGAGCCCUGCCUCAGAUCCAAGCAAAAAUAGCCAGGCUGCCAAAUCCCAUCCUCCUGCAGCCACCACAAUUGCCUCAUUGCUGCAGUCUGCAGCCAUUGCUACCACCACUAUGGCAGAUGAGCAGCCAUCAAAACUUCGUCAAACCAAGUCCCUUGAUAUUACACUGAGUCAACUGACAAAGAGUGGACUGGCAGACCUUGCAGCCACACUUGGUGUCUCACCUGGACAUCUCUCUAACAUGACACUUCAGGACCUCACAAAAUGUCUUUCACAGCUUUCAAGCAACUUUCAAAAUGAUCAGACAGAGAGUGAAGGAAUCAAGAGGGAUAAGUAUGCCACAUUGCGAGAGUCAGUUGAUGAAGAGCCCAUGUUUAAAGCAGAGUUUGAGAUAGCUGAAACAACAGAGGAUGUGUUCCAGGAGGCUCCAUUUGACAAAUAUGCAGUGUUCAGGGAACUAAUGGUGGAAGAAAACGGCAAAGAAGAGACAGAGAUCACCACUACAGCCACUGUGACGACAACCACUACCACAACGACAACCACAACCACAACUACAGCAACAGCCAGCAUUUCCAUUGCCACAACCAGUGUGAUCUCUACUCCUAUUGUUGCAUGUGGUGAUGAGAGUAAUACACCUCUUCAGCCUGCUGCAGAAAUUAUAAAUGAAGAAUCUCCUCCAAAACAGCAAACAGAAGACAGAUAUGCUGCCCUAAGGGAAAUAUCCCUUCAAGAAAUUGUCCCUGAGAAGGAGGAGGUAGACACUUCAAGUGAGAAAGAUGAAGCAGAAGUUACAAGGAUGGAUGAAGACUACAAUCUCCUCACUUUAUCAAGGGAGCAAAGUGAGAGCACAGAGUCUCCAACACUUGAAACUGCCACAGGAAAAGAUCCCCAGUCAAUUAUAGAAGCGACAAUCCUGGAGGAGGAUGUCAGUGCUCUGGAGGCAGACAAUGAAGAGGCUGCAGCAGAAACUAAAGACACUGUAAAACAACCAUCAGAAGAAGCAGCCAAUGGGUCAUCUCCUUCUGAGAAAGGUGCUGUUCAGAGUUCUCCAGCAGGGCCAAAACAAAAGGAAGAAGAGAUACCGUAUGCAGGAGAAAGUUGGGCAAAAUUUGAUGGCAGCCAUUUCUCAACAGACAAGCUAGCAUCAGAAGGUCAGAGUGAGGGUGGAAUUUCUCCUUGGUCAUCAGAUGGGAAGGAGUUCAACAGGAUUCCACAAUUGGCAUGGCAGGAGGAUAGAGGAGAUGGUAGGAGAAGAAGGGCUCGGAGAUCUGCCCCAUGGCAAGAGGAUGAGGAGUCAGAAGAAGGAUGGAAUGAUAGGAGAGGUGAUGCUGGUGUGUGGAAUGAACGACCAUGGAGAGAGAAUGGCUGGAGUGAUGGAGAAUCAUUCUAUGAGGAGGUACCACCAGUUAAGGACAGAGGAUACCGAGAAGAGAGAAGAGGUCGAAGGAGAAGAGUCUCCCCAUGGAAGAGAGGGCAGAGGUCAUCGAGAGAUGUUUCUCCAUGGGAAUGUGAAGGAAGAGAUGAGGAAGAAGAGCAAUGGAGUGGAGGAGGCAGUAAGCGCUGGCAGGAGCGUUCCAUGGAUGAAGAAGAUGAAGAAGAGGAAGAGUAUGAAAUCACCUGGAAGACAAGGCCCAAGCACAGAGGGUCUUCUUGGGAUGAUGAAAGAAGACGAAGGUUUGGGUCCAGGGAUCUGAAUGGUAUCGACUAUGAAGAAGGAAAAAAACGUAGGCCAUCUCCUUGGAGAGAAGAUGGUGACAGACGCAGCAGUUGGGAGUCUGUGUCUUGGGAUGAAGAUGAUAGGUUCUCCCAACGAGACUUAAGUGAACAGCGACGGAUGAGAGAAGAUGAGUAUAGGAGGCGGUGGGAGUCAGAGAUUGAAAGCAGGGGAUAUGUGUGGAGUAGGAAGUGUCCAGCUGGGGAGGGAGAAUAUAUGUGGCAUGACCAGGCCACAAGGCGGAAACAGGAUGGACACCAUCGUUACUAUAGGGACAGAUCACGUGAAUCACCUUGGGAGGAUGAGUUCAGCGAACAAGGAGAAGAAUCACCUCGAUACCAAUGCAGGAAAUGGAACUGGCCCAAGCGACCCAGCAGUGCUUCAGAAGUACGAAGAAACACAGAGAAAAGCUCGCCAGGUGACUACAAGACCAGGAUGAUGGAAAAGCAACAGCACUCUCUCCCCACAAUUGGUCGGAUGGAUCAAGGAGAAAAAAUGGGAACCUACAGUUUCACAGACAGAAGGUAUCGUGAUAAGUACAGUGGACGACCUCGUAGCAGAGAAAGCUACUUCAACUCCGACCAAGAGUACGAACAACGGCCCCACCAGGAUGGGAGGGUACGCAAACUGGACAGCUAUGAGCAACGGGCACAAACACUUCAAGCCAGACGUCGGUACAAGAAAGCUCAUGAACAACGUGGCUACAACCAAAAAUCACCAUUUGAUGAUGAUUUUUCAAUGCAAACAUUUGACUUUAGUAUUGAAAGUAAAAGCCAAGGUGCUGAAUCUGAUGCAUCUGAUGGUGCAAAGAAGAAAUCUCCUCUCUCUGCAAAUGCCAGUAUAAAAUCAUGCACACCUACAGACACAUUCCCAAAAAGGAAGGACAGCCAGCAUUCUGAGUCUGAAACACGAUCUGCUGAAGUUGUUCCCACCAGUCCCCAUGACAGCCAUGAUGAUGACGUGGGAAAAACAAGAACAUCAAGGGGAUCAAGUCAUCGACAGUCUCCAUUUGAAGAUGAUUUUACGCCAACAGAGACCCGAACAUCCAACGCAAGACUUAUGUCCAGCAUUUCUAGUGACAUUAGUGACUAUCCAAAGUCUCCAUUUGAGGAUAUCAAAAGCAGUUGCAGGGUGCAAAGUUUGGUAGAGGAAUCUGUGUGUGAAAAUGAGGUAGACCCAAAGAAUGGUAAAUUGAAUGAUGAUGUGUUUCUUCCAGCAGAAAGUGAACAGAAGUUCGCAGACUUUGAAAAUAACAUGUUUGAUAGUGGUAGUGAAUUUGUACCAUCAAGUAAAACUUCCACAGAAUAUCGACAUGUAGAUAAGAGGGUGCUGGGUGCAAUGUGGAACAGUGAUGAUAGCAACAAGGUUGAAAAACAUCCAUCAGCUAUGAAAAUUCGUAUGUCAAAUUUGAUGCGGGUUGAUUCUUCUUCAAGCCUGAGAAAAUCUGAAUCAGUGAACAUUUUUGCCCGUGAAAGUGAUCCAUUUGACGAUGACUUCUUCAGCAAUGAAAUAACCAUGACUACGCUUCCCCAUCCUGGAGCAGAAUUAUCGAAUCAUGCUGCUGAUAAAUCCAGUUCUAACAACAAUUCAAAUGAACACUUCAAGUGGACCAAGGCUUUUGACUCCUUCAACUUUGAUGAAGAGAAGUGAGGUUUUAUUCAAGAGUCUUCUUUCAAUUGCACCAUUCCUCAGUAAGUUUGCAAUUUACUUAUUUAAUUCAACAAGAACUGGAGAACAUUUAUAUAUUAUAAAUGAAGAAGAUUCCAGCCUGUUUCAACACAAUCAAAACACUAUGCAAUAAAGUGAAGCAUAUAGCUGCACAUAUCCGAUAAAAACCAUGACAAAAAUGAAUACUAAUAUCAUGUGGCAUCUGUUAUUAUAACUUGUUGUUUGUGGUGUUUGCAUGCCUUCAACUGCUGGAUCAGUUGGGCUCCAUCAUUCUACUUGUGUGGCCCCACAGAACUACCAGCAUUAUGGAUGGGUGGGAGCUGGAGACUUAUAGUAUGAAUGUUCUUUGUAAUAAAACAGACUGCUCCUCACUGUAUUAAAAUAUCAGGUCAGACCCAAUGACACAUACCUCACAGCAAUGGAAACUACCAUCACUACUCGCUAAGUAGCUAUUCCUUAACAUGGUCAUAUAUAUAAUAUAUUGCAGAACCUGAUGAUUCAACACAGUUAAUGACAAAGCCUGCCACUGGACAUGAUCCUGAAUGACUUCUAUCCAGCACAUUUUCUUACAGUCUGUCUCCAUAAGAUACUGUCUUCCCAUCUCCUUCUCAGGUCCUCAGUCUUAAACUGGCAGCUUUCCUAGGCUCUUUGUCAUGAAUAUUCAGUCUACAUGUUCAGCCCAUUGUAACAUCCUUGAUCUAACAAACUUAAAAUAAGGCGAAAUCUUAAACUCCCUCACAUUCUACUUUCUGCAUUUAUACUUCAUCUCUCUCAGGACCACUGCUGCAUAUUUGUAUUAUAUAAAAUCCAUUUUAUCUUUGGCUGUUUGCUUGUAGUCCCAGGAGAUAUUUUAAUGGUUGUGGAUCUUAGGAAAACAGUGAUCUAAAAAGUUCUAAUUAAUGAUACUACUAGAUGGAAAAAUAUUAUUUUCCUAAGUACUGCUACCAUUAAGCACAUUUUUGAAGUACUUCUAAUAUGAAUGGUGAGAAUGUUGAAAUAACAGGAUGAGGCAGGAAUAUGGGAAAAAAGGUAACUAACUAACUAGAUUGCGUACGAAAUCUGAAGGUUCAUCACCGAAUUAACCAAAGCCCUCCACCGGUUCCUGUCCUGGGCCAACAAAAUCCAGUCUCCUUCAACUCCUAUCUCCCAUAGUUCCUGCCUGAUAUUAUCUUUCCACCUAUGUCUAGGUCUCCCUAGCGAUCUCUUACCCUCAGGCUUCCCGACCAAUACCCGGUGCACACUUCUUGCCCCAUCUAUGCAUGCCACGUGCCCUGCCCAUCUCAUUCUUCUUGACUUAGUCUUGCCAUUUUCUCCAUACCCCAUCCUCUUCUCUCCUAGGCCUAAAUAUCCUUCUCAACACCCUGUUCUCAAACACCUGCAAUCUGUGUUCC